AGAAGAAUGUGUUGUCAAAACAUAACCUCAUUUUUAGUUUCUGACUCAAUUUUUGAUUUUUGUGGAUUUCGGGUCCCUUUGAAAGACAUAAUAGGUACACAACAGAGCCACCAAAGGAGUUUAAUUCGGUUUGAAGUCGAGUUGUCGAAUGUUUUGAUCUCAUCUUCGAAGUAUGCCUGCCUACCAUUCAAGUUUUCUUGAACCACCAAAGAUUAUUGGCAAUACAGCAAUUUUACCGAUAAGAACUCAAUUCAGAGGUCCAGCGCCACAGCAUCUUAUUGCAGACCAAGAUAUUAUUGAUGAAUCAAUUUACUUCUUCAAAGCAAAUGUUUUUUUCAGAACAUAUGAAAUCAAGUCUGAAGCCGACAGACUACUGAUUUAUAUAACUUUGUACAUAACAGAAUGUUUGAAAAAACUGCAGAGAUGCAGUAAUAAAAGUCAAGCACAAAAUGAAAUGAAAACACUAGCUGCAUCUAGAUUUGAUAUUCCUGGAGAUCCAGGAUUUCCUCUAAAUUCAGUAUAUAGUAAACCUGCUAAUCAAAAUGAUGUUGAGUUUCUGAAAGCAUAUCUGACACAGGUGAGACAGGAAGUGGGACUAAGAGUAUGUGAUAAAGUUUUUGGGGAAGAUGGUAAGCCAAGCAAAUGGUGGCUCUGCUUUGCUAAGAAGAAGUUCAUGGAUAAGUCUUUGUCAGGACCUGGACAAUAAUAUUAAUUAUUGCAUGUGUUUUAUUUUAUACUGCUUUGUUUUUUGUUGUCAGCAAUUUGACUCUCAUCAAAAGUACUUCAGUCUUAAAGGAUAUGAAAUUGCUCAAAAUAUUUACUAAAAUAGUAUUAUUUCCCUACUUCACCAAUUUAUUUCUAAUUUGUAUGAUCUUUGAUUAAAAAGUGAUUAUAAUGCUUCAUUCCAUGAAUAAAUGACUGAAUGAAAGAA